ACAGGAGUAGAAGAGGCAAGGGAGAGAAGCGCACGAACGGAGACGGGGAUUGUUCAUAAAUAUCAACCAAAAACUCUGAGAAGUGAACUUUACGUUGCUAUAUAGGAUUUUUGUUUUCCAUUCUCUCGCAAUGGAAUGUCUAAAUGACGGGUGUCCCAAGACCCACGAGGAAGACAUCAUGGACAUCCCCUUGGAUGACCCCGAGGCCAACAAGGCUGCUGCCAAGAUCCAGGCCAGCUUCCGUGGUCACAUGACUCGCAAGAAAAUGAAGGAAGACAAACCCAGGGAGGAGAAGCGACAGGAGCAGAAGUAGAGGAGAGAGAGAGAGGUUCCUGUGUGUACUGCAAUAUCAAGACCUGUUGUCAUGAAGAGAGAAAAUGUCCCCGUACCACACAAAUAGAAGUGAACUCUCUCCUUCUCACUAACACACAUACACUCACACACACUCUCUUGUUCACAAACACCUUUCCUCCACUAGUAUCAGGGUAAAUGUCUGUGACCCAAAAUAAUAUUUCACACCAUGAUACAAGUGUAAUGGCAAGGUGGACAGUUGAUUUGGGAAAUGUAUAUUUGUGCUCACUUAACUGGCUAUAUAAUCAUAUACAUUUUACAAUAUAAAAAUAACUUUCCUUGUGUGUGUUUUGUGUCACUCUAAUAAAGUGACACUGAUUGAAGUAGAAUUGAUAGUACUGCUCAGGAUGUGACAUUGAUUUAUGUUAAUGUUUCGUUAUUUAUGGGGGUAUGACCCAAUGGCACCAUUUGCUUUGUACUUUUUUCUUUGACUUUGUUUCUUUGGUUGUCCCUGAUAUAUAUAUAUAUAUAUAUAUAUUAAAAGUAAAGUAUCUACAUGGUUACAUAAAAACGGACAAGUGUGAAAGUCUGUGUGGUGUUUGGCUGGUUUGAUAGCUGUGAAAACCAAAUAAAUAGAGGAAUAAUGAUUGAA